CCAUAGAAUGUACAGGUGUAAAACAUGUCCAAAACCAUCCAAAAGUACCAUUUCUCUCCUCAGCCCCAUCCCAACAAUAUGGAGUCAAACUAUGUUACGCUCUGCAUACUGGAGUGGGCUGAGUUUAGUGUGUGCCAAUUUGCAUUAACCAUGUCCUGCUGCUUUUGCAAGACCAUGCCAAUACUUCUGAAAAACUGGUGUAAUUAAGAUGCUAAAGUAAAAUACUUGAUGUUAAAGUAUGAAUUUGGUGGCACUUUUAAUACCAGCAGUGAUAGGUCAGCCUUGAAAACGCAGCGCCGGACCGGACUGCGGGCAGGCUGAGCGCAGCGUGACCGGACCACGGCCAGGCGGAGCGCAGCGUGACCGGACCGCGGCGAGGCGGGGCGCGACCAGGCGGAGCGCAGCGUGACCGGACCGCGGCCAGGCGGAGCGCAGCGUGACCGGACCGCGGCCAGGCGGAGCGCAGCGUGACUGGACUGCAGCCAGGCGUGGGCGGACCUUGCGUGCGGUGGACGGCCGCCCCCUGGCGCAGCCAUGCCAUGCGAGGUGAUCACCCUGCAGCUGGGCCAGUGCGGCAACCAGAUCGGCUUCGAGUUCUGGAAGAAGCUGUGCGCCGAGCACGGCAUCAGUCCGGACGGCGUGCUGGAGGAGUUCGCCGCCGACGGCCAGGACCGCAAGGACGUAUUCUUCUACCAGGCCGACGACGAGCACUACAUUCCGCGCUCUGUGCUGCUCGACCUGGAGCCGCGCGUCAUCCACAGUAUCAUGUCGUCGCCGUACGCCAAGCUGUACAACCCGGAGAACGUGUACCUGUCGAAGGACGGCGGCGGUGCCGGCAACAACUGGGCCUCCGGCUACAGCCAGGGCGAGCGCCUCUAUGAGGAGGUGUUCGACAUUAUCGACCGCGAGGCGGACAACAGCGACAGUCUCGAGGGCUUCGUGCUGUGCCACUCGAUCGCCGGCGGCACCGGCUCCGGCAUGGGCUCCUUCAUCCUGGAGAAGCUCAACGACCGCUUCCCGAAGAAGCUGAUCCAGACGUACUCGGUGUUUCCGAGCCAGGACGAGAUCAGCGACGUGGUGGUGCAGCCGUACAAUUCGCUGCUGACGCUGAAGCGACUGACGCAGAGCGCCGACUGCGUGGUCGUGCUCGACAACACGGCGCUCAACCGGAUCGCCGUCGACCGGCUGCACAUCCAGAACCCAACGUUCACGCAGAUCAACUCGCUCGUGUCGACCAUCAUGUCGGUGAGCACGACCACGCUGCGCUACCCAAGCUACAUGAACAACGACCUGAUCGGGCUGAUCGCGCCGCUGAUCCCGACGCCUCGGCUGCACUUCCUCAUGACGGGCUACACGCCGCUCACUACCGACCAGGU